UGCAAAGUGUCUCUGGUAACCUGGUGGUGUAGUUUGGUGCAAAUCUUCAUGCUAAAAUCGUCAGGAAUGACUGUAACUCCGGUACGAAUGGCGAUGACCAGCCCGACGGUGCCCAUGCAGCAGAAAACGAACUCGCGGAUCAGCAACUUCAGUGUCGCUUCGCUGCUGGCGGACACGCGGCCUAAAACGCCCAACGCACACCAUGCCAUCAUCACCUCCGGCAGUACCACCACGACUACCCCCACGCCCACACUCACCCCCCUCAGUCCACUGAUGGUGCAUGGUCCUCACGGUAUGCUGCACCAGUCGGCGGCGCUCACAAUGACGACGACGACGUCCCUGCCCGGUGCGUCACCGUCCGGCGACAUCCUGCCAGCGAAUCUGUCCUCCCACACGACCAGUUCCUCCUCCCCGCGGUCCCAGCACGAUGCUAGCUCACUAAAAAACGUCGAUACGGAUCGAGCCGACACACCGCACAGCCUGCUCGAAUCGGACGACUACGACUCGAACCAUGACGAGGAGGAAGACUCGAUUGUGGACAUUGAGGAUAUGGAUCACGAGCUGAGCGAGAGUGGAUCACAGCCGGGUCGCAAGGGUAGCGGUUCACCGGGGUCUCCGUCGACGUUGGGUAUGCCGCACGGUUCGCCACCGGCUGCCGCCCUAGCUGCCGCCGCCGGUCACGUCCCGAUCCGACCAACACCGUUCAGUGCCCUCGCAGCGGCAGCGGCGGCCUGGGGUGGUAUGAGCGGUGGUGUUCCGUGGCCCGGUGCCCGACAGAUGCCACCGUUCGGUCCGCCCGGUCUCUUCCCCGGGCAGGGUUUCGGUGCCGGUCAGCUUGGUGGAGAUAACGAACCGCCCCGCAUCAAGUGUAACCUGCGAAAGCACAAACCGAACCGGAAGCCUCGCACACCCUUCACCACCCAGCAGCUCCUGUCGCUCGAGAAGAAGUUUCGCGAAAAGCAAUACCUAAGUAUAGCGGAGCGGGCCGAGUUUAGUUCGUCGUUGAGGCUCACUGAAACUCAAGUGAAAAUCUGGUUCCAAAAUCGACGGGCCAAGGCGAAGCGGCUGCAGGAAGCGGAGUUGGAGAAGAUCAAGAUGGCGGCGCUCGGGCGGGCGCCAGGAGCCCAGCUGUACAUGGGUUACUUCCACCCGAGCUUAAUGGGGGGUGCGAUGCAUCUAGGAUAAGCCGUCAAAUGCUCCGACAGCGCCAACACAACCAACCAACCAACAAACCAACAAAACCUACCAACCAAUCAACCAUUGUGAAUAUUAGCAUUUAAGUGUCUAUUGCUAAAACGACUGUUGCAUACUCGUAAGACAGUACUGCCGAUGUGUGAGGUUAUGAUUAGGUAUUUAUUUUAGUUCUCAGCGUCCCAACACGUCCAAUCCUCGAGAGACUCGGAGAUCGAAAUUCCUGGUCUUCCUGCCAAAGCAA